UGCCCAUUACCGGAGCUGCCAGAUGAUCGGUACGGAAUGGAGGUCCCACGGGACACUGAACACGUGGUCUCGGCUGCCACAAGACGUCAGCGGCAGAUGGCAUGGGUACCCGUUGUUGGCAUGAGUGUCAUUCCUCAAAGAGAGACGGAAGGAGAGAGAGGCAGAGAGAGAGAGGGAGAGAGAGUGAGGGAGAGAGAGAGAGAGGGAGAGAGAAGGAACACUAAAGCAGAGACUGAGGUUCUUUUUCUUUUAAUUGGUCUGGUACUAGAGAAGGAGCAGCAGCUCAGAUUCACUGGAGGUAUUUGGGACCAUGCAAGGUGCACGACUUCUGCAGGAAUUAUGUUGACACUGCCAUUCGAUGAAACUCAUGUGAUGUGCGAGCCGCGGUUCGGUGCCGAUUAUCCUCGACAACUUCUACCUGAGAGUCAGGAGAAGGAACGACCAAGCAACGCGGGCAGGUCCAGCUCGGUGAUGAGGGAGGCCGAGGACGACAUCUCCGACAGAGAGGAGGACGACAGGGAGGACGAGGACGAUGAGAGCGAGCUCCCUAAAAAACGAGGCCCCCGGAAAAGGAAGCCCGGCAAGGAUCCGAUGGACAGAGGCAAACUACGGCGCAUGGAAGCCAACGCCCGGGAGCGCAGCAGGAUGCACGGCUUGAACGCGGCGCUGGAGAGUCUGCGUAAAGUUGUGCCGUGCUACUCCAAAACUCAGAAACUGUCCAAGAUUGAGACGCUCAGACUGGCCAAGAAUUACAUCUGGGCCCUGUCAGAGACCCUGAGCGCAGGGAAGAGACCGGACCUCCUUGCCUUCGUGCAGACUUUGUGCAAAGGAUUAUCUCAGCCCACGACAAACUUGGUGGCCGGCUGUUUGCAGCUGAACGCACGAAAUUUCCUCACAGACCACAACGGGGAGGUCAUGUUCUCCGGCAGACCGCCCUACGAAGCCAUUUACUCGUACCCGGGCACAGACGUGAACACACCCCCGGGCCACAGCGGCAGCAGCCUGGAGAGCGGCUCCAAACCGUUCCGACACUACAGCUACAACAGCGCCUACGAGUCCUACUUCGAGAACCCGUCCCCAGAGGGCGGCAGCCCGCAUUUCGACGGCCAGCUGAGCCCCCCGAUGAACUUCAACGGCAUUUUUUCCCUAAAACACGAGGAUCCUCCAGACUACGCCAAAAGCGGCCACUACGGCGUGCGCUACUGCAGUGCGUCAGGGCGCACGGCUCUGGGCCACAACUCUAUGUACCGCGUCUCCCCGGAGGGCCGCUUCCCCUACGACCUGCACGUCCGAGGCCAGUCCUUCCAAUCACAGGGGGAAGUUAAUGGCUCCUUCCAUAAUUAAUCAAUCAGCUGGACACAGUUCAAGUUUCACACCAAGAUGCAAUUUCCUCCCCCAGGUGUGGAGAGCGGAAGGGGAACGGAUGUCCAGACAAACAAAGCGUUUUCAUUCAAAUAUUUUAGCCGUGUAUUUGUUUAAAAAAAAAAAAAAAACUCUCGAACGACCUUGUAAAUUAGGUUCGAUGAUUUUGUGUGUCCUCGGUUCUGAGUGCGUGUUCAUAGAAGGCAGAGAAACGCAUAGGAAUGUUGUUUACAAACAGAAAGGGUCGAAUGAAAAAUAUGAAGAUGCAUCUUCACUUUCAAAUGUAUUUAUAAUUCAUAAAUAUUUCCUAAAAUGUUUGUUCGGUUAAUCAGAAUUUUAUUGGACUGUUUUUGGUAUUAGCAGUUUUUCUGCCAUUAAAUGCAUUUUAGUGGUAAAAUUUAAAUGGAAUUAAAUGGGAAUAAUGUCAAAGAUGUGCAGUUUGGCAUCAGUGCUGAAGUUUAUCUGAAUCCUACAGUCUGUUGGGCAGAAAAGGUAAAAAAAACAACUAUGCAAGGCAGCCAAAUAUCGUAUUUAUUCAUUUAAAAUGAAAUGAAAAGUGUUUCUUCGGGGUUUACAUAUACUCUGGUGUUUUUUUUUAAACGGACGGCAAAUAUUAAUCAUUAAAAAAAAGAAGAACUGCUGAUGAAUAUAACGAUCAUCUGAUGAAAUCUGACAAGAAACCAGGACAGAAAAAAAAAAAACUGAACGCGUUUGUGUUUCAAUAAUGUGACAACGGAGUGGAUGUAAAAAUAUAAUUUAUUUAUUAAUCUAUUUAAUUAUGAAUCUAUUUAUGAAUUUGUUCGCUUAUUUAUUUCCCAGUGCGUCGUUUUUUGAAUGUGUAAAAUGUAAAUACAGACAAGAUAUUGUAAAGUCCCACAGUGUUAUUACCUUUAUGUGCAUUUUUACUCAUUUCAAAUUAAACAAAUAUCUGUUUAUGUUUCACGGUUGUAUAUUUCACUAAAGAUGAAACAGUGCCAGAUCAGGAGUCUGUUUUUUGGGGGGUGGGUGUCGUGGGAAAAAAUGUUUUCCCGAUUUACAUGCCUUAUGUUGGGAUGACGACAGUGGAUGUGCACCGAAAAUUUGGGGCAAAAAAAAAAACAUAAAAAAAAAAAAAAAAACACCCGUUGCUGUGAACUUUUCCCACUUGUUUUCCUGAUCAAAUGCUGAGCAGCAGCUGUGGUGGUGACUGUUCACAUCAGAUCUGUUGUUUUUGGAACAUUUACAUUGAUAAACGGAUGGAUGUUGGUGGAUUUCUCUGAAUACACACACACUUGGAAACUCGUUAUGGAUCGAAAUAUUCGUGAAAUAAUGUGUUCGUGUUUUAACAUAUGUUUCUGUCGCAAUAAAUGAAUAAAUGACGAGGCUGCUGCUCAGCUUCCUGUGGCAGUGGUCGACAGCUGAAUGCAGUGAA